CUGAGAGAGUGUGACAAAUAAUUAGCUUGAUAUAACGAGUGAUUUGGACAAUCCCUGAACUCCACAUGUGCUGUCCACGUAGAUCUACUAGUAUCUGCCAUGGCCAAAGUGUGCCGAACACUAUUCUUAGGGACUGACGACUUUGCACUCGUGUGCUUGAAAAAGCUUUUGGAGCGAAGCAAGUUCUCAGAUAGUCCGAUUGGCGGAAUUGAAGUUGUCAACUUGCCAAGGAAAAAGAAAGAACGUGCAUCUGCUGUUCAAAAGUACGCUCAAGAGAAUAAUCUUAUUCAGCAUGCAUGGCCACCUCUGGCAUCUCACAUCGUGGAUCGGUUUGACACGGCAGCAGUAGUGUCGUUUGGAGCUCUUCUCCCUGACUAUUUCCUUGAUCUCUUCCCAAAGCCAUGUGUGAAUGUGCACCCAUCCUUACUACCUCGCUGGAGAGGUGCAGCACCACUUGCUCACACUAUCAUGGCUGGUGACCCUGUGUCUGGAGUUACACUAUUACAAGUCUCUAAGCGAAAAUUCGAUAUUGGACCAAUCUUGAUGCAAGAAUCAUGUGCGGUUGAGCAAGAUACCGAUGUUACUGAAUUAUCCCAGCAACUGGCAACACUUGGCUCUGAUAUGCUUGUCAAGUGUCUGGAGAAUUAUGAUGAAUAUUUGGAGAACGCCCGUCCACAACAACAAUCAGGAUCGACGUGGGCAAAGAAAAUCACAAAGGAUAUUGCAGAAGUUGACUGGGCUAACAUGACAGUUAAAUCUAUCAUACGGCUACAACAAGCGCUAUGUGAUAGGUAUGCAGUGAAGACAAGCUUUGACUCCAUACCUGUACGUCUGCAUGGCAUUGGAGACUUGCUGGAUGUGGUGACAGAUGUGGAUGACUUCAUUCCUUCAAGCGUUGAGAGUGGCACGCCUGGUGUUGCUUUCCAUCGCAGUGAUAGCAACUUUGUGUGUAUUCGAUGCCAGGAUGGCUGGGUCACUGUGGAGGAGUUCCAUUUUCUAGGUGAAAAAGAACAUGUUCUGGCUGAAGAUUUUGCUCUGGAGCAGAUGCAAGAUCUAAAAGAGCAUAUCAGUGACAGUCUUGGCAACACCACCACUAGCAACAGCAACACCACCAGCAACACCAGCAACACUACCAGCAACAGCAACAGUGAUAAUGCUGAUGAAGACGAUGAGGACGUGUACUAUUACAUCGGCAGAUUUUCUCCAUCGUGAUCCCACUUUGAAAGCACAUAUAGAAUAACUCCCAUAGCCAAGACGGAAGUGCUUCAGUUCCAAGCUCACACACAUACUUGUCCGUUUUACUCAAUCAGUGGCACAGCAGGCUGCUCGCCGUAGUCGUCAUGUCCUGUUCAGUGCUACUGUAUUCGUGCUGUUCACCGGACUGGUCAUGGUGAACUCAUGGUCUUACUGUUCACCGGACUGGUCAUGGUGAAUUGAUGGUCACACUGUUCUCUGGACUGGUCAUGGUGAAUUGAGGGUCACACUGUUCUCUGGACUGGCCAUGGUGAAUUGAUGGUCACACUGUUUCUCCGGACUGGCCAUGGUGAAUUGAUGGAACUAAUCAGCAAUUGGUCAUAAGCUGAUGAAAGUGAUAACUGCUGAUGCUUGAGGGGCAGAGCAGCUGCACUCUGUCAGUUCCACAGCAUGCAGUGACACAGCAGUACUGCUACUACUGUCUAUGAAUUACUGCACUGAUGCUAUGAGUAUGACAUGGCAGCAGUGCUGCUACUAUACUAGUACUACUGUCUAUGAGUGGCUGCAUUGACAAUGGCACAGCACUACUGCUACUACAAUACUAGUACACUGUCGAGGUAUGGCUGCACUGACACUGCACUGUCUAGGUAUGGCUGCACUGACACUGCACUGUCUAGGUAUGGCUGCACUGACACUGUACUACUACUACUACUACUACUACUACUACUACUACUACUACUACUACUACUACUACUAGGCUACAGCAGCUGCAGUACAGGAGUAUAUGGAAUGCUGCUGGUGUUUCUGUUCUUUCUUUUUUUUAGGAGUGUAUUGUAGGUACAGAAUGAAUGAAUUUCUGGCAUACUUUCCACACUAGACUUUGGAUUAAUAUGAACUGUCAAUCUCUAGUAUUAUUAUAGCUUGCAACGGUGAUCAUGUGACGAAGCACAACGUUCUCGAUUUAUACAGCAUAUUGGAAGUGAAAUGGCGAUGAAACGUACACAAGUUG